AUGGGCAGCACCUGCUGUUCCGGUCACAACAACACCGAUGUGCGCUUCAGCGUUGGGGCAGGGCAUGACGACAUUGUGAAGGCGCUGGGUCGUGUGGGCGAGGAUGCCGACAUGGCAGCUGUGGUGGCCGGCCUCGCAAGGAUCAUCCAUGAUCACCCGUAUCUCAAGCCAAUGGGCACAGAGGCAAAGCCGCACCACCUCCUCUACUGGGUGCGCUGCUGUCGCGAAGCAGUCAUUGCGAAGAACAUCGAGGAUGCCAAAGGCUUCCUGGAACGAAUCUCCUGCAGCCUGAAGCACGAGAUUGCGCAGGUGACUGAUGCUUUCCGCCGAUUCGACGUAGACAAGUCCGAAAAAUUGGACCCCAAGGAGUUCAAGUAUAUGUGCGCCUACAUCGGCUGGGGCCCUGAAGAGGCUGCCAUGAUGGACGUCAACGACGACGGUUACAUCACCCUGGAAGAGUUCCAGCGCUUUGUAGGCGAUGCCGGGGGCCUUGGCGAGCUCUUCGAACACCGGCGUCUGCGCGUGGCACGGAAGCAGUGGGGCGUUGAGGCGCCAGCUGUUCUGGAAGUUGGCAACCGGGUGCGGUCUCACUUCCACACGGCCGAUGGGAAGAAGUCGGAGCAUCUGCGUGAGGGGCAGGUCUUGGAACUACGCGUGAUGCCCACGAACGGCGUGCUCAUCGACUUCGUGGACGACGAGUCGGAACAGACAGGACCCAAGGUCCUCAGCCGUCAGGUGGUCCCGCAGAGCUGGAUCUUCAGCGACACGAGGGACAGCAACGUGGUGUCCGCCUUGCGUGAGGUGGGCAUCCUUGAGGAGCAGCAGGCGUUCUGGGCCGCCAUUUUUCCAGAGUCCGAGAUGCGUGCCGUCGAGAAGCUCGUACCCUGUCAGCGAGCUGCCUUGGCGCAUGUGCGCGCCAACGCCUCGGCGCUCCACGAGGCUGCCCUGCCGGAGGUUCGAAAGCGCUUUGAGAGUCUGGGCUACUCGGAGCAGGAGCUCCAGGCCACACUCGGCUGGAUCCAGGACUUGGCCCCCACAGUCGUUCACAUUCACAUCGAUCGUGUGGGACGGUUUAUGGAGACGGAUGAGUACUACCGAAGCCAGUUUGAGACUGGCACUUCUAGCGGGGCGCUGGACAGCAAGAAUGACAUCCGCAAGAGGUGGGAGAUGGAACUGUUCGGUGGCACCUACGAACAUGCCAAGCCCUUCGAGCGCUGCAAGUACGGCGCGCUUGGCGUCAUGAACGACUUCCGAGGAGUGACUUCAGCCUACGGAUAUGGAGACUCCUACCUGGUCCUCAAGGACGUGCGUCUCCGCUGUACCUUCGCCUCGACGGACUCAGGUGGCAUUUCUGGGCAGCGGCUGGCGGUGCUUGACAAGUAUGCCCAUGUUCUGAAGGAGUACAGUGAGCAGGAGCUACGGAGUUUGGUGGACGUUGCGACGGCCAACACCUCCAUGCAGGACCUGUCACAAGUGAAUCCGCAGCUGCUUCGGGGCAUGACCGAAGAUCCCAUGGAGAAUUGGAUCACCGUGGGCUUUCCCAACCUGAGUCAGAGCAGCGGCAAAUACUACUUCGAAGUGGAGCUGUAUUGCGGCUGCUCAUCUCCGCAAGUGGGGGUGCUGAGCUCUCAGUUCAUCCCGGCCCCGCGCAACAGCAGCUUCCUCGGUGGAGUAGGAGACGACGAGCAUGGAUUCGCGGCGGACGGUCAGCAUGCUAUUCUGUGGCAUGACGGAAAGCGGCUUCCGUUCGAAGACCUGUGGCCCUCAUCGGACCAAGCUCUCUCAGAGGACGUGGUGGUGGGAGUGGCCGUCGAUCUCGACAAGCGCCACAUCUACUUCUCCACUAAUGGCAAGUGGCCCGAUGCACCCUCCUUCGCCGAGGACAAGGUUCGCAAGAACCUCAAGCUCUACCCCGCCAUGUCCAUCAAGGGUCGUGCGGCCUUCAACUUCGGCCCAGGCUUCAAGCAUGAGCCUCCGAAAGUCGCGAGCUUCGGGCGCUGGCCGCAGGCCGGGGAAGAGCUACUGCGAGUGGACUGCCCGAUCCUUGGGAACUCCAGCAAACUCCGCAUUUACAAGGAGAUCCAGAUUCAUGGCGAGGUGAGUCUGAAGCGGAAUGUUCAACGGCUGGUUGCCAACAAGAAGUUCCUGGAGAUGCAGAAGAGCCAGCGAAGCUGGGCCAUCUCGGUCGAUGGCCUCGAGGCAGAACUCAACGGCGUCUACAAUCGAAGCGGAGCGCGAAAUGGAAUGCCCAUGUAUCUGAAGCAGGGGAAGGCUGCCAUCUUCUACUCCUCUACCGCCAAAGCCUGGCGGAUCGUGGAGCUCGCGUCCGACAUUGAUCUGAAGGUCGCCGACCUGGACACCCAGAAGAUGAUCGCCUCGGUCGAUGCGGCCAAGGAGGAGCUGACUCCGCCCAGAGAAGGAUGGGAGCGCCCACGCGAAGUCAUGGGCUACGUGCCGAUGGAGGACUUCAAGACUGCCGCCCAGAAAUCUGCUGCAAAACCGGAGGAAAUCCAGAAGCUCGUGGAUCGAUUGAAGGGCAAUCUGCCCUCGGGCCAGACAGUGGUCUUUCGCUCCAACGGCAAGGCCUCGCUGGAGUCGGAGUGGGAGAAGGUCUCCACGCCGCAGAUCGGGGCCGAGGAUUGCUGGUCAGCGGCCGUGGAGCUCAGCCAGCACAAGCUGCUGGAAAGCUACGGGCUGGGGAAAUGCAAGGUGGUUGAGACCGCCCACCCCUACGAGACGGCCGACCACUCCUUCACGCGCCGGGUCACCGUGGACACCGAGGGUGGCAUCGACAUCCACUUCGCCCCGGAGUGUCGCACCUACGACCACCGAACUACGCUCAGUAUCUUCGGUGGCGGCCUGAGCAAGGCUCUUGUGGGCAUCGGCGCCCGCGUCCACGCGAAGGUGGUGACCGGACGCGAAGAGGCCCACGGUACCAUCAUUGGUCGUGCCGAGGGUGGCCUCUGGAAGGUCCGUAUCGAUGCCGACGAGGCGGAGAUCUGCGGCGUCUUCCAGGAGUGGCUCGAGGCGUCGGACAACGGCCGUGCCCGUUACUGCGUGAGCUGUGUUGCGGAGGAGCAGAAGACCGUCCAGGUGACGUAUGAGGAUGGCAUGGCGGUGGGCAGCGAAAUUGCAGGAUUCAGGUUCGAUGUCGCCGACCCCCUCGCGCCUUUCACAGUCACCGGCUUCUCUUCCCGGAAGGGACCUGCGCAAGCAGCUGGAGUCAUGGUCGGCUGGUUCCUGGACGUGGGCGCGCUGCUGCGAGAGGAUUUGAGAGUCGGGCACCUAAUUUCUGACCCCUUCUAUGUUAGAGCCAUCCGCUCCGCCUGCAACCGUGCGCGUGAAAGGCUUUUGCCCCAGUGCCGGGUGAAGUACGACCAGGAAGUGGGCAGCGAGAUCUCGGGCCUCACGGAGAAAGGAGGCGUGGUGACCAUCGACGGCUUUGCGGACACAGGAGCGGCUAUCUUAACGACAGGAGACGAGACCACUUCCGGUUUGGAGUUGAGGCCCCGCGAAGCAGGUGCCGUGUCGGCAUGGCAAUGUGGAGGGAAAGCUUGGUCGUGGGUGGAAACCUUCGAUCUUCCAGCCAAUCGCGAACCCUUCGGCGACCUGACCCAGGAUGCCGUGGUCAAGGACCCGACCGCGCUGCUGAAGCUAUCGGGCGCAGCUCCAUCUGCAGAGCCCGCGAAGGCCCCUGAGAGCCGUGAAGGAGAGUUUUCCAUGACAGAUCUACAGAUGGUGUUUCGAAAGCUCGAUGAUGAAUGCAACCACAGUCUCAGCCAAGGGAAACUCUUGAAGGCCCCACAAGUGGAGCACGACAACCAGCAGGCGUGGCAGGUUUUCCAUGAGUGCCGCCAGCACCCGAAGUUUGAGAUGUAUCGUGAUCUCAUGAAUCACUCUGGCCAGGAGGUCUUUACCUACAUCGAGAGGGUCUUCUCUGACCAAUCUGACUUCCUCGCCUGGCUGAACCAGGAGACUGCGGCGGAGGAUGCCGCGAAGAUGGCCUCGCAGCAAAUGCUGCAGCAUCCCCGCUUUCGAGACUUCUGUGCUGCGGUGCAAGUUGGUCCUGAGGAAUGGGGCAAGCCUGGAGCGGACUUGACCAUGGAGGUGUCUUUGUUUCAGGAAUGGGUUGUGGCCGCUGAGAGGGAGGCUGCCGCUGUGCCAAGACCACCUGUGGUAAAUCCUGAUUUGGUGGAGACGCAGGUGGUGGAUGAUGGUAUGUAUCUUGGGCCUGAUGAUGUGCCUCCGCCCCCGCCUGAAGAGGCCGUCGCCCUCACUCCGGAUGUUAAGAAGCCCUUGGACUCCACCUUUGCGUCUGCAGCUAUGGCUUCGCCGAAGGCUGGUCGCUGUGAUGCGUGCAGCACCUCAGGUCCGAAAGGCAUCAGCGACGCCGUGUCCAAGGAGGAUGUGGCCCGUGUGCUUGAGAAUGCCCCCAAGGAGCUUCUCUACGAUAUCUGGCGCUCAUCCCACAAGAGCCUUUAUGGAUGUUCCCCUCAGGAGACCCGUGUGACGCCUGAUGACAAUCAUGAGAAGGCUUCUGUAAAACCCAGUGAGAAGUCCCAAGAGGCGGAGCCGUGCAGCGAAGAAGCGUCUGCGGAGGCACCUCCGGUGAUUGUGUUCCGAGAAGAAGAAGAAGACUGUUUGGUGCAAGAUGCAGAUGAAGUUAUAGACAGCAUGGAGAAGAUGUGUAUUCGAGAGGCAAAAAGGGAGCUGAAGGCGAAAGACAAGAAGAAGGAAAAGCAGGCCCCUGGCGGGGGCGCAAAGGGGAAGCCUGGUCCUGCCGCUGAUGCUGCAGUGGAUGAUGCAGACACGGAGGAUGAAGCGGUGGUGAAGCCUAAGGCCAGCAACGCAGGCAGCAAGAAGCCGAAAAAGGUAGAGGAGGAGGAAGAGGAGGAGCAAGAGGUACCCGUUCGCAAGGCCAGCAAGGGAGGCAGCAAGAAGCCCAAGAAGGUAGAGGAGGAGGAGGACGAGGAUGAGCAAGAGGUGCCCGUUCGCAAGGCCAGCAAGGGAGGCAUCAAGAAGGUAGAGGAGGAGGAAGACGACGAGCAAGAGGAGGAGCAAGAGAUGCCCGUUCGCAAGGCCAGCAAGGGAGGCAGCAAGAAGCCCAAGAAGGUGGAGGAGGAGGAAGAGGAGGAGCAAGAGAUGCCCGUUCGCAAGGCCAGCAAGGGAGGCAGCAAGAAGCCCAAGAAGGUAGAGGAGGAGGAAGAGGAGGAGCAAGAGGAGGAGCAAGAGAUGCCCGUUCGCAAGGCCAGCAAGGGAGGCAGCAAGAAGCCCAAGAAGGUAGAGGAGGAGGAAGAGGAGGAGCAAGAGGAGGAGCAAGAGAUGCCCGUUCGCAAGGCCAGCAAGGGAGGCAGCAAGAAGCCAAAGAAGGCAGAGGAGGAGGAAGAGGAGGAGCAAGAGGUACCCGUCCGCAAGGCCAGCAAGGGAGGCAGCAAGAAGCCAAAGAAGGUAGAGGAGGAGGAAGAGGAGGAGCAAGAGGUGCCUGUCCGCAAGGCCAGCAAGGGAGGCAGCAAGAGGAAACAAAUAGAGGAGGAGGAAGAGGAGGAGCAAGAGGUGCCGGAGCCUGUUCACGAGGCCAGCAAGGGAGGAACAAAGAAGAAGCAGAAGCAGAAGGUCGUGGAUGAGCAGCAGGAGGAGGAGCGACACGUGCCCGUUCGCAAGGCCAGCAAGCAACCAAAGAAGGUGGAGGUGGAAGAAGAGGAGGAGCAAGACGAAGAGCAACAGGAGGAAGAGGAGGAAGGGGAGGAAGAGCCUGUUUGCAAGGCCAGCAAGGGAGGCAAGAAGAGGAAACAGGCAGAGGAGGAGCAAGAGGUCCCGAACACUGUUCGCAGCAAGGGAAGCAGCAAGAAGGCAAAGAAGACAGAGGAGGCGGACAAGGAGGAGGCCACAAAGGGAGGCCGGCCUGUGCUCAAGGGCCUUGUUGAAAUUGGCCCUGGCCGGUUCAGAGACGCUUCGGGGACAACCUUCACCAGCGUUGGAGGUGAUUUCGGACCGUUUUUUGCGGAAGGAGUGAGCAAUGAUGAUGAAGAGGCCCACGACAGCAAGGCUGUGCCAGCCCGGGGUAGCCCAAAGGCAAAAGCUAAGGCGAAAGGAAAGUCGAAGGCAAAGGCAAAAGCCAAGACGAAAGCAGCUGCCAGGGAAGGCCCAUGCGGCAAAGAGAAGGGGAAGAAGGUUCAGGAGGAAGAAGACGAGCGUGAGGACCCCGUACAAUAUUUAACGGCAGUCUUCUAUAGUGAUUCAAGUGUGUGGAAUGCCAUGUUGUGCUGUUCCCUUGCAGGAAGACGAGGCCCAUGA